UCCCCGACUCCACAUCAACUGCGAUGUCGCAUUCAGACGCGUCAGCUGUCAUCCGCAUCAUCCCCCGCUGCUGCCGUGGCGUGUGCAGGUAGCGGUGUGGAGAAUACAGCAACAGCAUCUUACUGGUGUAUACACAGCUGCAUACACAGGUACACACGCCUACCCGUGCCACCUCCACUACCCGUGCCACCUCCCAUACCCGUGCCACCUCCUCCCUCCCAUACCGUGCCACCUCCCUUCCAAACCUGUGCCACCUCCUAUACCUGUGCCGCCUGCCCCUACCCGUGCCACCACCACCUCCCUUCCAAACCCGUGCCACCUCCUCUACCUGUGCCGCCUGCCCCUACCCGUGCCACCACCACCUCCCUUCCCGUGCCACCUCCCCUCCCCGUGCCACCUCCUCCCUCCCCUCCCCUACCACCUCCUCCUUCACCUACUACCUCCUCCCUCCCUUACCCGUGCCACCACCUGCUCCCCUACCCGUGCCAUCUCCCUGCCCGUGCCAUCAUCCCCUACCCGUGCCAGCGCCAGGCAUGGGCUCGAUGGGGAGCGAGGUGCUGGGCUUGAUGCUGUGCUUCCUGGGGUUGGUGGGCCUCGUGGUGAGCACGGUGUGCAAUGAGUGGAAGACGACGUCUCGCGGCGCGUCCAUCAUCAUCGCCUCCUGGAUCUACCAGGGCCUUUGGAAGACGUGCGCCGGGAAUGCCAUGGGAACCCUCACCUGCAAGCGAUUCUUCACCACGAUGGGGAUGCCGCUGCACCUGAAGGUGUGCCAGGCCCUGAUGGUGCUGUCGCUGGUGCUGGGCCACCUGGGCACGGUGCUGGCGCUGCUGGGCACCAAGUGCUCGCGCUUCGGGGGCUCCAACUGGCGGCUGAAGGCGCGGAUCGUGGCCUCAGCAGGGGCCCUGUACCUGCUCGCGGGCAUGAGCUCGAUGGUUGCACUCUCGUUCUACGCCCACCGCAUCACCCUGGACUUCUACAACCCCAACCUCUUGGGCACCCGGUUCGAGUACGGAUGGUGCCUCUACCUGGGGUGGGUCUCCUCCAUCCUCUGCAUCGUCGGGGCCAUCAUCAAGUGCUCCUCCUGCUACGGGGUGAAGGACGACACUCACAACAUGCCCCGGCAGCAGCAGCAGCAGCCCCGCUACAGCACCGCGCCCACCGAGUUCAUGAACGACAAAGCCUCCGUCUACUCGGCCCUCACUCACAACACACAGCAGCAGCAGCAGCUCAAGGACAGCGCCUUCUCCAUCGGAGGCAUCGCCCCCGACCUCCGCAAAGUGAGCUACUUCUCAACGGAGGCCGCAGUGGGGCCCACGGCGGUGGUCUGGAACGGGGCGGCCGGGCGUUGCGUGUCAGACGCUGCCCUGCUGGACGUGGAUCGAGUUGGGGGCCCUGGGGACAGCUCUGACGAGGCUCGGCGGGGAAGCGUCAUGAGCUAUGGACGCAACGCCUACGUUUGAGAUGGGAGAAGAAAGCGGGUCCCCCUGGAAGAGAGUGUCACGGAUCCAUAGAGAGAGUCGGAGGUUGAUGAGGGAGAGUAGGUAGGACAUCCUGGUAGAGAUUAGGGGACGCUGGGAGAGAGUUAUAUGGUGCUGAUAGUGAGUAGGACAUCCUGGUAGAGAUUAGGGGACGCUGGGAGAGAGUAUGGAGGUGCUGAUAGAGAGAGUAGCAUAUUCUGGGAGGGAGUAGGGACACUGGGAGAGAGUAUAAAGGUGCCAACGAGAGUAUGACAUCUUGGGAGGGA